GUGUGGUGGAGUCUAGGGUAUUUUCUCUUUCUGUGCGAGGCGUGCGAGUGAGAGGAGCAGGUUGCGUUCGUCCCGUGGUUCGACUGCUGCGGGGGUUUGCUGUUUUAGUGCCUUUCUGGCCCGAAGAUGGGGUGCUGUUUUAGCAAGGAGCUAAGCCAGGGAAGGCUGAGCGAGAGGACCAGUCUCCUACAGACCUCCAUCCCUGAUGGCCUGGCUGUGAGAGACCAGGACAGACAGCACAACGCCUCAAUGGUUCAGCGCGUCUGUGUGAUGGCCGAGGAAACUUGUUUUGCCGAUCGGUCGGCUCAACGGAAGCCUCCAGAAGAGGGGGGAGAAAAGGCGUUGACGGGUCGGGAAGACGUGCCGACAGGCCCCGCGGUGAAGACCAGCAGUAACGGCAGCACGCAAAGCAAAGGGGGUUUCAAACCGGAGCGCACGCACGAGGAGGGGUCUAUUAUUAUCACAUCCGCAGGCCGCGGCACAGACACGCUUCAAGGCACACCCAGGAGCGCAUGCGUGUCGGACGGACUCGCAGCCAAGUCCACGGACAGCUGUGAGACUGCUCCCUACAUGGACAAGCCAUGCGAGAGCCCAGUGAAACAAAGGAUAGCAGCGAAUGCCACGCUGAGGGCUACCUGGUUCAGCCAGCCUGCCACAGUCCAUGACCAGGGGGGUGCAGGGGGCUGGAGGUCAGCCGCAGCGAGGACACCCGCUAAUGGCUGCCUAGGGGAUAGCAGCGCUGUUGGGGUGUCCGGUGGCCUGGUCCUGCCAGUUCUACUGUGUGGGGGAGGUCAGCGGGAUUCCCUCAAAGCCCAGCUGGAGGAGGAGGAGGAAGAGUGUGUCAUCAGGGCAGCGCUAGGCAAGGGUUUCAGAGCCAGGGCCCAGAGCUUCUACAGCCUCUGUUCCAUAGAUGCAGAUGACCUUGACCCUGACCCGUCAGGCACAGCUGAAGCCGAAACAGGUGUGCUGCCCCCCACAACCCUGCCCACAGCCUCUGACCAACUACAGGAAGAGGAAUCCACAGCCUUUGACCAAUCAAAUGAAGCGGCAUCUGUAUUCACUCUCAAAUCACAUACGACGGAAUCCACAACCUUUGAUCAACCACACACCACGGAAUCUACGACCACGGUCCAGUCCCGCACGACGGAACACACAGCCUCUGUUGAAGCGGACACACCAGAACCUAAAACCUCGGCGGAGCCUCCCCAGAUAACCUCCUCAGACCCCUUCCCGGACCUCCUCCCUCCUUCCAGCAGCUGGAGCUGUGAGGACCCUAGCGCAUCUUCUCCGGGCAGCCCCGCUACCCCUGAGGACGGGUCCCGGCUUUCCCCGGCAGUGGAUGAGUCCACCCCUGAUAUACUCGAGGCGUCUCACCAGGAAGCACAUGCAGGGGAGGAGGCUGCUCCUGUGGAGGAGGACGUGGUGACGGACCUGGACGGGGUCGUCUUCACGCCCUCUGAGACAGGAGUGGAAACCAGACAGGAGGUCGAAGACUCUGAAAAGGACGAGAGCGUUCGUGCUGGAGCUUCCAGCUGCCUUCCCUUUCAAUCUGCCCCUACAGAGGAGCAGAUUACCCCAGACAUCCUCCCCUCCUGCAUGGAAGCUCAAAUCCUCGGUCCUAGCCCAAGCCCCAGCCCCGUACCUAACAACCAUAGCCCAAGCCCCAGCCCCGUUCCUAACAACCCUAGCCCAAGCCCCAGCCCCGUUCCUAACAACCCUAGCCCAAGCCCCAGCCCCGUUCCUAACAACCCUAGCCCAAGCCCCAGCCCCGUUCCUAACAACCCUAGCCCAAGCCCCAGCCCCGUUCCUAACAACCCUAGCUCAAGCCCCAGCCCCGUUCCUAACAACCCUAGCCCAAACCCCAGUCCCAGGACAGUGGAUCAAGCCUUGGGUGGAGAGGGGUUGGAGGGGAUGGGGGACCAGGGAGGCUGUCAGGUUGUCCAUGACAGCGUACGCAGUGAAGGAGGUAGUGGAGAAACAGAAGAGGAGCACACGGCUCUCGUCAACACAGGGGCGACAGUCACAGGUGGAUCCUCAAUCCGCACCAUAUCUGUAUGGUCACCAACAGAGUUCCCUUACUGCUCGUUCAAGACAGAUAUGCCACCAGUUAUCGCGGAACAGCCGACACCUGACCAUGACACAGCAAUAUCAGACCAAUCAGAUAUGAGCUCGACUCAAUGUGAAACGACCGUCGACAUUAGAACUGAACCGGAUGAACAACAAACACAGGUCGACCAGCGAGUAGAUCGCUGUGAUCUCAAACCAGAUGAGCAGGUUAUGGAGCCUGUUGACAAGGACGGAACCUGUUUUAGCGAGCCCGUCCAGGAUCCUGGUCUGGAAGAGGUUUCGCAUCAGUCUGCUGAUGCAGAAGAAGAACCAGAAGCUAAUCUGGUACAGAAGCUUGAAGAGAGGUCCGACCCCAACACUGAGACAGGUCCCCUCGGUGGAGACGGUGUGAGGAGCAUACCUUUCUCACCAGAGAGCGUCCAUCUUCUCCACACUAGUGAAGAUGUCGAGCGUGGCUUUGCAGACCCUGGUACCGGGGACGUACCUACGGUCAAAGAAGGAGCACAAUAUGAAAAUGAUGUUGAGAUUGUCGACGCACAAAGCACAGGCUCAACCCCUGAUGAGAAUAUUGAGCGAGAUCACACCGUAGUUGAAGAAACUUCCCUUGUUAUGAGCCUGGGAUCCCUCUCUGAAGGUUCUGAGGUGAGCGAUAGAUCUCUCUUUGACAGCAGCGUGUGCGAAACCCAAGGAUCUCUCGAGGACCCCACCACAUUGAGUGACCACGGCGAAUGCAUCUAUGCUGAGGGUAACCUGGGCAAUGGAGACAUGGGUUACCAUGGGGACAGUGCAUCGGUGGGGUCGUGUCCGAUGUCGGAGGUGCUGGAGGUGGAUCCGGAUCAGGUCGAUGUCUAUGCCUCCACACCUUCCUACCAGAUCCACUUCCUGGAUCAAAGACCGCUUCCUGUUGCCAAUGAAACAGCUGUUGGGGUUGGAGGGCGAGGCGACCAUGGGGAGGGGGGAAUGAGAGAGAUGGUGUCGGAGCUACUGGGGGAGGAAGGACAGACUUCUCUGUCUGGCUUUUACCCCAACCCCUGGCCAAGGCUGGAUGAGGGCUGUGGAGCGUGGGCCCAGACCAUGCCCAGCCAGGGUGAGAGCGAGGUUGGUGGUCAUGCAGAGGAGCUGCCUACUUGUGCUCCAGAGCUCCAGAGCUCCAUGGCUCUGCUGGGAGUGUACCCCUACAACACCCUGCUACCCCAGGGGUCGUGUUUGUGGGACUGGAGCCCAGAGUACGCACAGCCUGAUUCCACCACGGUCUCAGCACUCAAUCCCAAUGCACAGGUAUGGGCCAAUCACACGGCUAGCCUGGACGUCUGUAGCCCCGCCUUCACGGAGGCUGUCCACUCAUGGCUGGACGUCCCAAGUGACCUCGCCAACCAAGAGGGGUAUGAGCCAGAGUACGACCUAGAAAACGUAGGCAUGGCUUGGACGGAACCCAGCAUUCUAGAAUGUCCCGACAACUCCCAGGACCCGCCUCCCACAGUAGGGCUGAGGGAGCAGCUGAGUGCCACCCUGACUUCCUGUCUGUCCAGGGAGAACCUAGCCAGCGACCUGUACCUGGUCUCUCAGAUGGAUGGCGACCAGUAUGUUCCCAUAGCAACCCUGGCCAAUUUGGAACACAUCAAGAAGCUCAGCACAGACGUGGAACUGAUCUCAGACAUCCUCAAGUCUCUGCCAUUGGUCCAGGUAGCGGAGUGCGGCCAGAAGGUCAGGCCCAAUCAGAGUCGUUGUAUUGUCAUCCUCCGAGAGGUCCCCGAAGACACGCCCCCAGAGGAGGUUCAGGCUCUGUUCCAGGGGGACAACGUUCCCAGGUUCCAGAGCUGUGAGACGUCCACCAACGACAACUGGUUCAUCACCUUCCCAACAGAGGCUGAUGCCCAGAAGGCUUACCAGUACCUGCGAGAGGAGGUGAAGGUGUUUAAAGGGAAGCCUAUAAGGGCGAGGAUCAAGGCCAAGUCCAUGGCCGUCACGUCCUUUGCUCCCAAAAAUGGCUUCAGGCCAAGCCCCCUGGACCCGGUCACCAAUCAGCAAGCCUAUGGCCCUUACUAUGCCCCGCCCACCUUCCAGCAGCCUCUCCCACAGCUUUACGAACUGACCAAUGAGGCGUGGGGUGCCAUGACCACAUACCCGGACCCUGCGAUGGUGGCCCAUUUCCCAGGGUUCCUCAAUGGCUAUCCAUCGAGUCAGCCCGGCUUCAAACCGUCCAACAGACACAGUCGAGGGUCACGGCGAAGGUCUGGAGACGGAGGUCGCAGCCCCCUGGCUGACUCCUCCUUCCACUCGGAGCGCGGACCAAUGGGACGAGGCUCUGGCCCGCCCAGGCAAGGACGCCCUCGUUUCCCAGGCAGCGGCCGACGGGACAGCAGGGAGGGCAGGGAGGAGUCCAGCAGAGGAGACUUCUCCCCCAGCGCAGACCGAGGGAGGCGAGGGGCCUACAGCGGCAGGAGGAGGAGAGAAGAUAAGACAGCUAGAGCUCCGACCCAGUCAGAGUCACGUUCCUCGACCCCCGUUCUAGAGCUGGGGCCCACCAGCUUCCCCCCCCUCCCUCCUGCCACAGCUGUCAGCACAGUGACCUCCGCGCCUAGCGCCAACGACAAGGGUGUGUCCAGCAGCAGACCAGGGUCUGAGACCAGCUGGGGAUCUCAGAACGGCACAGCUCCGCCCCUGGAGACCCCCCUCCCACCCGACCCACCAAACAUGAAGCAGAAAGAGACCGUGGAGAAUGCAGUCAUGACCACAGCUCCUCCGACCGUGAAGGAAACUCCUCUGGAGAAUGGACCAGCCACGGAAUCCAAGAAGCUAAGCUACGCUGAGAUCUGCCAGAGGGCACAAGCCAAUAAGAAGCUCCCAUCUACUGACCACACCUCCUCAGGGGCGGAGCCUGUCCCAGCCUAUCCAGCCCAGCACUCUGCUCCUGCCCAGUUGCCACGGUGACCACUAAGCGGGAAGAGGGAGGAAAAAAAAGUUUCUCAGCACCUUUCAACUGCUUGUUGGUUUGGGUCAGGGUAGGGUUUACUGUCAGGACACUGGGUUAGGUUCAGGGUUAAAGGUCAUGUUACGGGUUGAAGCAGUGAGGUUGGCAUCUGGGUUUGUUGAUGGGGUGUCCAGGUUUGUCCUGUGGGUCUCAACUGUUUUGUUGAAAUGAAAGUUAUACACAUGCAAGCUUUUGAUUGCUAAAAAUUCACACCACUAGUUAGUAAAUGGUUUGGGUGAGGGUGAGGUUAUAGGUCAUGCUCAGGAUAUGAAGAGAUUGACCUCUAUUUUUAUUUAUAAGGAAUUCCUUUUCCCCGGUCUGUUGACUGGGGAGUCUGAGUUCUGCGGUUUAGAGGCCAGGGACUUAUAACCACCAAAAAUGAAGAAGCCAAACAAAUCUGAGCCCUGGAGAGGAAGUUGGAAAAAUCCUGUAAAGUUGAAUUGAUUUAGUUAUUUAAUGUCCAGGUUUAGUUUGAAGGGUUUCUGGAGUCCGCUCCUAGUUUCUGUUGACUGCUCUGCUGGGUCUGGUGUUUCUCCUGUACAGAAUGUUCUGUGCUGACUGGACCUGAGACUCUACCCUGUGUGUAUUCCAUUAUACCCGGGCUCAUUCAGGUCUGGACCCAGGUCGAGCUGGCCUAAUGCUGCUUGUCUGGCCUCACCAACUGUUAUUUUUGAACAGGAACCAAAGAUUAAAUGAACAACGAAUGGGUCACACAUUGCGAAAUUGUGCCGCACACACCAGCCCGCUGUUUGUCACAGUCAUUGCGUAGUCUGUACAGUGGAACGCUAGCUCUAAACACUGGAACACAGCUUGGCCAAUACUUUAGCAUCCUAUUCUUGUGGAACGGUUAAGACCAGCAGUUCUGUGGAUGGCGAAGCUCAGAUUUUAACUAGAUAUGGAUCAGAUGUGGAGGCAGGUCAGAACCCUGGAUUGGAAUAGUUCCUCUCAUCCCUGGAACCUGUUGAACUUCACUGUUAUCGAGACUCCCAAGUGCCAAGAAUGACCACAAUCACUGUAUAAUAUGAACCCUUUUUUCUUUUCCUGCAUGAUUUUAGGACUUUAAUUUAUUCCGUAAUUUUUGUUAUGUUAGACAGAGUGACUCUUGUUUGUGUUGUGUGUUGAUUUGGGGAGGAGCUACACUCUGAUUGGGUGAGAGUGUGAGGUCACAACCUGCAUUCUGUAGGGCAAAGGUCCUGCUGGCUUGUUUACUUCCUGGUUCUGAUUCUGAAUGUUGCCAACUGGUGAUGCUAGUGGACAGGUACUACUGACUUCCACACCUGCAGCAGUUUAACUGUAGAUCCUUCGAUCUGGUCAGCAAGCAGGAGAGAAGCCGUGUGGUGUGGAGGUGUGUUUACUGGGUUAAGGGGUUGAGUUUGAGUAUGGGGGGGGUUCUCUAGGGAAAGGUGUAUGUAGGCCUGAUACCUAUAGUGUACCAAAGAACAUUGUUUGAUUGAUAUGGUUUAAGAGCUUGAAUUUGAUUUAUAUUUUGAGGGUGGGGUGGGUGGGUAUCAAAGGGAGAGUUUCCGUUAUUUUUCUGUUCACUUCUGAGUUAUACAUUCAUUUUGUAAACGUGGGUAGUUACCAAAUAAGAAUGAUAGGCACAGUUUCGCUGAAUGUUAUUUUCUGUACAGUUGUAAAUAAUUUUGAAGAAAAAAGAAUAAAGUGCCUUGUAAAUGGA